AUGCGGAAAUAUAUCCGUAAGCACCGACCAGUAUCAACGAGACGAAUAGUAGUAAGAAACAAUUCAUUUAGAAAAACGAGGAUAACCGCCCAGGGUGGGAAACAAUGUAUACUAGGAAUGAAGAAUCAACAACUGAAUUCUACAAAGCAAUAUACACAAGUUAUCAUGCCAAACAAAGCAACAGACUGCAACCCUGUAGGACCAGAUCCAAACACGAAUGAAACCAUACCCUCUAUCAUACACAGCGAGGUUAGAACAACCAUCACUGAACUGAAAAAUGGAAAGUCACCUGGAGAAGACAACAUAUAUAAUGAGCUCUUAAAAGGAGCUCAAGAUCUCCUAAUACCAAUCGUCACAGAAGAGUUCAACAAAAUCAUACAAACCAAACCCGGUCAGUGGAAAACAAGUAGGACUGCUCUUUUGCACAGAAAGAUACGAAAGGUAACAUGA